GCGAACUCUUGUAAAUGAGGUAUUGCGAAACAGCAAAGUGACUUCGGUACAUAUUUCAGUUUUGGUGAAAGCUUUUUCUCUUGUGGGAGUAUUUGAUUAUGGUUGUGGAGAAGGCUUGCUCCUCUCUUUUCUUAUUCAACCUUACGAAGAUUAUCCGAUUACGCGCCUCGCUGGCGUCGAUAUUAGUCAAGAAAUAAUGGAAAUAGCGGCAAAACGUUGUCAGCCACGUGAUCACGAAAAAGAAUACUUGAGGUUGAGCCCAUUAACCGUGGAUUUAUACCAAGGAAGUAUUGAUGUUGCUGACGAAAGAUUAUUUGGAUUUGAAGCCAUCGUGUGCAUGGAAGUAAUAGAACAUGUCUACCCGCCCGUGUUAGACAAAUUUUUCGAUAUUGUCCUGGGGACCUAUAAGCCAAAAGUUUUAAUUGUGACUACACCUAACGUCGAAUUUAAUGUCUACUUUCCUCAAUUAAAAUAUGGAACACCCGAGGCAACAUUAAGAAUUGAUGAUCACAAGUUUGAAUGGAGUAGGAAGGAGUUUCAGGAAUGGGGAAACGCGGGAUCAUUAAAGUAUAAUUAUUCUGUCGAAUACACGGGAGUCGGAAAGCUAAAAGAUAGUGAUCCGGCAGUGGGUUUUGCCACGCAAAUUGCUAUAUUCCGAGACUUGCAACCAGAAGCAAAACCCAUUAAAACCAAAUUUGGAAGUUACGAACAUGUUGAAAAAAUCAUCUUUCCGUUUUACGAUGAACCCGAUAAGAACAUUGCGGAAAUUCUCGAUGUGAUUCAUUAUUACAUGCAAUAUCUCUGUAACCCAGUAAUAUCGUAUGAUGAAACUAAGCGGAGUCAUUUCAGAAUUGAUGAUCUCUGGAGCAUUCACCAAAUUAGACUACUUUGCAAAAGUAGGGACAGAUUGCGGGAAGUGAUUGGCAGCAGCACCGAAUUUACAUUAAUUAACGAGGAAGAGAUGGUUGCACACAGAGAGUAUAAACUUGAUUCAUCCGAAGAGGACAAAGAUGAGUCAUAUACAAAUAACGAAAUAUUUGAAGAUGAUCCAGGUUGGCCAACUGAUGAAUUUGACUCUAAUGAAAAAUGGAAUGAUGGUUGGGGCGACGAGAACUGUAAUAAUGGUUGGGGCAACGAGAACUGUAAUAAUGGUUGGGGCAACGAGAACUGUAAUAAUGGUUGGGGCGAAGAGAACUGUAAUAAUGGUUGGGGCGAAGAGAACUAUAGUAAUGAAAAAGGUCAGUAUUCUUCCGAGAGUCAUAAGGGAGGUGCAUCUGCUGAAGAACAAACAGGUUGGUGA